AUGGCAGAUUCAACAACCAGCCCACCAAAAGCCCUAAUAGUCGGCAUCUCGGGCCCUUCAUCCAGCGGAAAAACCACCCUCGCCCGCCUCCUCCAGCGCGUCUUCUGCGGGGUACCCCUCAAGAACCAACGCCUGAACACCUUCAUAAUCCACGAAGAUGACUUCUACUACCCCGACGACCAAAUCCCAUACACGACAACCCCCUCCGGCUCCCGCAUCCAAGACUGGGACACCAUCUCCGCAAUAGACACGACCUUCCUCUCCCAAUCCCUAUCCUACGUCCGCACGCACGGCCGCCUCCCACCCCGCCUCCAAAGCAAAGAAGACCAGAACGAGAAAGGCGAGUCCGGCGUUCCCGACUCGGUGGUUUCUGAACUGCGCGACAUCGUCGCGAAGAGACUUGCUUCGUCCGCUGGGACGACGAUUGCGUUUAUGGAGGGGUUCUUGCUAUACGCUCCGCCUGGAUCGGAUCAUGUUUUGAGGAGGGUUCAUGACCAGAUUGCGCUUCCGCUUUUCUUGCCUGCUUCGUAUGAGAAUGUUAAGGCCAGGCGAGAGGGGCGGAGUGGGUAUGUUACUAUCGGGCCGGCGCCGGAGGAGUCCGAGACUGCGGAGGUGGGGGAGAAGGGUGGGGAGGUUGAUCUUGAGGGCGAAGAUGAUCGGCCACCGCAGAAUUUCUGGGUUGAUCCGCCGGGGUAUGUGGAUGAUGUUGUGUGGCCGAGAUAUGUGGAGGAUCAUGCUUGGUUGCUUGUUCCCGAGGGGGACGAGGGAGAUUUGGUGAGGAGGAUUGGGAGUGGGUUGAAUGUUAGACGGGAUGUCGGGGUUAAAGUUGGCCCUGAGGGCGAGGUGGAUUUGGAGACGAUGUUGAGGUGGGCGGUUGAGGAGGUUUUAGGGGCUUAUACUUCGGGAUAG